AUGGAACCAACUUCUUUCUCUCUGUUCACGUCUCUCCGUCAUGAUCCGGCCCUUCGUUCCAGUCCUGAGAAUAGCUCAGAUGUUGUGAGCUUCUCGCCCUCCAGUCCUUUCUAUAUGCUCCGGUACCACCGGGACCGCAUGCUCGAAGCAUCACAGCAUUUCGGGUGGGCCGAGGUCUCAAAGAAGCUCACAAAUGGUGAAGAGCUCGAGUCUUUGUUGAACGAACAGGUAGAAUCGUGGCGGGGUAAGAGCGGCGACGCAGAAUCACCACUAAAGGUCCGCGUCCUCUUCAACCGCUCCGGGGAGAUGCAUACCGACAUCAUUACCACUCCGGGUAUCCCGCUCUCUUCCCUCUACCCGGCCACUUUCACCACCCCACCAUCCUCCAAUCCACCCAGCAAGCAGUUUAUCCCCUCCCCCAAAACCGGCGGCGCCCUCCUCCUCGGUCCGGACGACUCCCUGGCAACCUCCUCUCCCAAGUCUACCUGGAUCCUCACCAUCGACACCGCCCCGACGCCCACCUCCCCGCACACCCUCCUCAAAACCACCCACCGCGCCCACUACGACGCCGCCCGCGCCCGCUCCGUGCCUGCCGCACCUACUCCGGCCGGCAAUUUGCACGAAGUCCUGCUCUGGAACUCUGUCGGCGAAAUGACCGAGGGCAGCUUCACGAGCGCGUACUUCUACCGCGGAGGGCGGUGGGUGACGCCGCCGGUGGGGGUGCCCAACAACGUCUCCUCUUCCUCGGAAAAAGCCGGCGGUGAGGAUGAGGAUGCCGAAGGCGAAAGAGAAGGUACUGUCUCCCAGCGGUCGUCUUGCAGCAAGUUUAGCGAUGAAGGGGAGCUAAGGGAACCGUUUCCAGGUCGGUGGGGCCACAGCAUCAGGAGCGUGAAGGCCGUGGCGGGCGCGGGCGGGCAGAGAGGCACGACGAGAAGAUGGGCUUUGAAGAAGGGUCUGUGCAUGGAGGAGCCGGUGGCGAGAGAGACGGUCGAGGUGGGGGAGUGGGUGUGGGUGAGCAAUGGGGUUAGGGGCUUUGGGUUGGGGAGAGUGGUAGAGACGAAGAAAGUUGAUUGA